UUUUUUUAUUCUUCAGCCAUUCAGAGACCCCACAACAACAUCCAAAGAACUGCACGCCUCACUUGCCUCAGUUAAGAUCAGUGUUCAUGACUCCACCAUAAGAAAGAGACUGGGCAAAAAUGGCCUGCAUGGCAGAGUUCCGAGAUGAAAACCACUGAUUUUGCUGAUUCAAAAAGAACAUUAAGGCUCGUCCCAUUUUUGCCAGAAAACAUCUUGAUGAUCCCCAAGACUUUUGGGAAAAUACUCUGUGGACUGACGCGACAAAAGUUGAACUUUUUGGAAGGUGUGUGUCCCCCAUUACAUCUGGCUUAAAAGUAAUACCGCAUUUCAGAAAAAGAACAUCAUACCAACAGUAAAAUAUGGUGGUCGUAGUGUGAUGGUCUGGGGCUGUUUUGCUGCUUCAGGACCUGGAAGACUUGCUGUGAUAAAUGGAACCAUGAAUUCUGCUGUCUACCAAAAACUCCUGAAGGAGAAUGGCCAUCUGUUCGUGACCUCAAGCUGAAGCAAACUUGGGUUCUGCAGCAGGACAAUGACCCAAAAAACACCAGCAAGUCCACCUCUGAAUUGCUGAAGAAGAACAAAAUGAAGACUUUGGAGUGGCCUAGUCAAAGUCCUGAGCUGAAUCCUAUUGAGAUGCUGUGGCAUGACCUUAAAAAGGCAGUUCAUGCUCGAAAACCCUCCAAUGUGGCUGAAUUACAACAACUCUGCAAAGAUGAGUGGGCCAAAAUUCCUCCACAGCGCUGUAAAAGACUCAUUGCAAGUAAUCGCAAACGCUUGAUUGCAGUUGUUGCUACUAAGGGUGGCCCAACCAGUUAUUAGGUUUAGGGGGCAAUCACUUUUUCACACAGGGCCAUGUAGGUUUGGUCUCUGAAUGGCUGAAGAAUAACAAAAUGAAGACUUUGGAGUGGCCUAGUGGAGAUAAGUUGAGCAAACUGUUUGCAAAUAUUUAUUCAACAUCUGUUGCAUAAUAGCCAAACCUUAUGUGGAUUCAGAUGUGAAUUUGAUACAGCAUUCUAGUGAGGCUGACAGACUUUGGAGUGGCCUAGUCAAAGUCAUGUAUUGCACGGAUUUGAUUCAAGCCUGAAGCAUCUGUGAGAAGGAUAUCCAAAACCAGUAUGGAGACUCUUAAUUCAUCCCACACCACCAACAUCAGCAGUGGUGAUAACACCAGCCUCUUUUCUGAAAGCCCGUACACAACUGUGGAGAUUGUGCUCAUUAUCCUAGUGGCUGGAUCUCUGAGUCUGAUCACUGUCAUUGGAAACAUCCUGGUCAUGCUCUCUAUAAAGGUAAACAGGAACCUGCAGACCAUCAACAACUACUUCCUGUUCAGCCUAGCCUGUGCAGACCUCAUUAUUGGCGUCUGCUCCAUGAACCUCUACACUGUCUAUAUUGUGAUUGGCUACUGGCCCUUGGGAGCAGUGGUGUGUGACCUGUGGCUGGCUGUCGAUUAUGUUGUCAGCAACGCCUCAGUCAUGAACCUUCUCAUCAUUAGUUUUGACCGAUACUUCUGUGUCACCAAACCGCUCAGCUACCCCGCGCGCCGCAGCACCAAGAUGGCGGGCCUGAUGAUCGCUGCGGCCUGGGUUUUGUCCUUCAUCCUGUGGGCUCCAGCCAUUUUGUUCUGGCAGUUCAUCGUGGGCGUGAGAGCCGUGCCGCCAGGUCAGUGCUACAUCCAGUUCUUCUCAAACCCAACGGUGACAUUUGGGACAGCCAUAGCAGCUUUUUACCUGCCAGUGGCCAUCAUGAUCCACCUCUACUGGCGCAUCUCCAAGGCCAGCCGCAGCCGCAUGAGAAGGGACAGCAGGAAGACUUCAGGUACCAGUCUGGGAGAAGGCCCCUAUCACAGUCAGGAGGAGCGACGUGAGAGCCAGAACAACUGCAUCACAACAAGAGAGGCUCAGGAGGAGGCUGGAGAUGGGAAGGCGCAGGCGCAGGAGCAGAAUGGAAGCGGGCCCUGCAUGGACGUAAGAGCUGAGCAGGUAGACAGCAUCCGCGCUUCAUCAUCUAAGGACACUGCGGUCCCUGCGCCAUCACAGAAAGGCUCAGAUGGUGGGAAUAAGACCAAUCAAACGCAGCCCCCUUCCCCGGAAAACUCAGCCGCUGACAGACAAAGUUUGAUCACAAGGACACUGUUUAAGGUAACAAAGCAGAGUGCUGUGGCAAAGUGGAAAAAGAAGGGCAUUUCUUCCAGGGAGAAAAAGGUGACGCGUACCAUCAUGGCCAUCCUGGUUGCUUUUGUCGUCACAUGGACACCGUACAACGUGAUGGUCCUGAUCAACACCUUCUGUUCCGUCUGCAUCCCAAACUCCCUCUGGAUCAUCGGCUACUGGCUCUGCUACAUCAACAGCACCAUCAACCCGGCCUGCUAUGCCCUCUGCAACGCCACCUUCAAAAACACCUUCAAGCACCUGCUUCUGUGCCAGUACAAGAACAUACGUACAGCACGAUGAGGGCGAAAAUACUGACUCAUGUUUGUGAUGGAGUCAAAAUAACGUGAUAUAUCUUGUAAACUGAGAUGACACAAAUAUUGGAGUGAACAUAUUGUUAAAAUGUAGACUUGGUGAGUUGUAAUUGUGCACUUACGUACCCACUGCCAUUGAAAAUGAAACUGUGUUCAACAUUUAUAAUUGUACCACACACUUAACCUUAAAUGAUUUUUAAAAUACAUGGCAUUGUAUUAUAAUUCUCAAGGGAAUGUAUUCUGGUGGGAAUGCACUUUAUUUUGAAAAAGUACAUUUGACUAUUUGUAAGUUGGGGUUUUUACUUUGACAGGAUGUUUUCCUCUUUGUUGCUUCUACAAUGAGCUUGUGCAGUAUGUUCUAUGAUAUGCAACCUGUUUUUACCCCAACAUUAAAACUGUGGUAAAUGUGAUGGUUCUGUGUCCAAAACAGUGAAUUAAAAUCUAGAAUGAAAGUGCAACUCUAGGAUAAAAAGAAGAUAUCAUACUAUAGAACAACACACUGUAUUAUUGACAUGAAAUUAAGCGUUAUGGUUGACACCGACCUGUGAAAUAGGAAAAAUCAGCCAAACUGAAAAAUCAGUCUGAAUGAAAUCGUCUCUUCAAAUUGAGUUAAGAAAAGAGAGAAUAAAAGAGUAUUAGCAGCUGUAAACUGAUGUGUGUGUGUGUGUGUGUGUGCAUGUUUCCUCUUUGGUUAGAUUAAUUCAUAUUAUCAUAUUAAUCUAAUGACAUCUGUGAUCCAUGUUAUUGUGAAAUAAGCCUAAAUGUGAUAUUUGUCCAUAUCAUCCCCUUUUUCUUCAUGUAUUAAUACAUGUUUUCUGUAAAUAGAAGAGAUAAUAACAAAA